AACCUUCUUCUCCCUUUCAUGGUUUGCCAUGCCACACACAUCACAGGAAUAACCCCAAUCUCCGAGUCCAAGGCACUGACUGAAUCGAUUCCAUGCGAUUCUGCAAGCAGCGCAAUCUUCCGAUAUCUUCGAGAAAGAAAAACAGUUCUUUUCCUGUUCUCCAAGCUUAUAAAGGGAUUCUCCCACUGCAGAGGCGGCAUGCAAUCCUUUCCUUCCCAUUAGAGAAGCAACUCUUUCGGGGGAUACUUUCGCAUGCUGUGUCCAAGACGAUGGCCAGCAUGUCUCCGCUGUUCAUGAUAUGGUUCUUGGUUGGCCUUAGUGGCGCGGUGGGUGAGCUUGGCGAUGGAACCACCAAGCCUGGCAUGGUGAAUGUGGGUGUUCUUUUCACCUUUAAUUCUACCAUCGGAAGGGCAGCCAUGGUUGGGAUCCAGCUAGCAAUAGAAGACGUCAAUGCAGACUCCACGAUCCUUGCAGGGACCCAGCUGAAUGUGAUCGCACAGGACACAAACUGCAGCGGCUUUGUUGGAACAAUCGAAGCCUUACGACUGAUGGAGAAGAAGGUGGUGGCAGUCGUCGGUCCGCAGUCCUCCGGCAUCGGCCAUGUCAUCUCCCACGUCGUCACCGAGCUCCAUGUCCCUCUCUUAUCCUUCGCCGCCACCGAUCCAACCCUCUCCCCACUGGAGCACCCCUACUUCAUCCGAACAACUCACAGCGACUACUUCCAGAUGAACGCCAUCGCCGACCUCGUCGAACACUUCGGCUGGCGAGAGGUGACCGCCAUCUUCGUCGACGACGACUACGGCAGGGGCGGCGUGAUAGCACUCGGCGACGCGCUCGCCAAGAAGCGUUCCAGGAUCUCAUACAAAGCUGGCUUCCCUCCCAACGCUGGCCCGACCGCGAUCAAUGACUUGCUGGUGAGAGCCAAUCUCAUGGAGUCUCGCGUCUUCGUCGUGCAUGUCAACCCUGACACCGGCAUGAACGUCUUCUCCCUCGCCAAGAAUAUGGGGAUGAUGGCCACCGGAUACGUGUGGAUCGCCACAGAUUGGCUUGCUUCCACUCUGGAUUCGGUCGUGCAACCAGAUCCCAACGCCAUGAGCCUCCUCCAAGGCGCCAUUGUUCUUCGCCACCACACACCGGAUUCAGCUUCCAAGAGGCGAUUCACAGCUCGGUGGAACGCCAUGAUUCGCGCAGGAAACGCUUCGUCCGGCUUGAACAGCUACGGCCUCUACGCUUACGAUUCACUCUGGGUGGUUGCUCGUGCCAUCGAUCGAUUUCUAAGUGCAGGAAACACCAUCAACUUCUCUGCAGAUCCUCGCUUGCACGAAGCCAAUGGCAGCACUCUGCACUUGUCGACGCUGCGUAUUUUCGACGGAGGCGAAAGCUUGCUUCAGCAGCUGCUGCUCACAAACUUCACCGGAUUGACAGGCCAAAUCGAGUUCGAUUCGGAGAGAAAUCUCAUCCGACCAUCUUAUGACAUCCUCAACAUAGGAGGUGGACCUCGAUUGAUCGGAUACUGGUCCAAUUACUCUGGUCUCUCGGUUAUUGCUCCUGAGAUCUUAUACCAGCAGCCACCGAACACUUCCACCACGAGCCAGCAGCAGCUUUUCGGCGUCGUGUGGCCCGGCGAAACGACGGCGCCGCCGCGUGGUUGGGUGUUCCCCAACGAUGGCAAGCCUCUCAGGAUCGGAGUUCCGAACCGAGCGAGCUUCAAGGAGUUCGUGACCAACAGUUCCAACUCCGACGAUCUCGGUGGCUUCUGCAUCGAUGUGUUCAAUGCUGCAAUCAAGCUGCUGCCUUACCCGGUUCCUUGCUCGUUUGUGCUGAUCGGAGACGGUUCUAGGAAUCCAAAUUACGACGAAAUCGUCAACAUGGUCGCUCGAAAUGAGCUCGAUGCUGCCGUAGGAGACAUUGCAAUCGUGAGGAACAGAAUCAAGAUCGUGGAUUUCACGCAGCCAUACACCGAAUCAGGACUCGUUAUAGUCACUCGAGUUCGGGGGAGCAGCUCAAGUGCCUGGGCCUUCCUGAAGCCAUUCACGUUGGAGAUGUGGUGCGCCACCGGAGCUUUCUUCCUCGUUGUGGGUGCAGCCGUUUGGAUUCUCGAGCACAGAGAGAACCCCGAGUUCCGCGGCACUCCGAAACAACAGAUCGCAACCAUGUUCUGGUUUAGCUUUUCGACGAUGUUUUUCGUGCACAGAGAGAACACGGUGAGCACACUCGGGCGAUUCGUGCUGAUCGUGUGGCUGUUUGUGGUCCUAAUCAUUAACUCAAGCUACACAGCCAGCUUAACGUCGAUCCUCACAGUUCAGCAGCUGUCUUCGGGGAUUACAGGCCUCGACAGCCUUCUCUCAACCUCCGACCCAAUUGGCUACCAGGAGGGGAAGUUUGCAAGAAACUACAUGAUAGAGGAUCUCAACAUUCCGGAAUCCAGGCUGAAGCCAUUGAACUCCCCUGAAGAGUAUGCUAAAGCUCUCGAGCUUGGACCGAAAGGUGGUGGCGUCGCAGCCAUAGUCGAUGAGAUUCCUUACGUUGAGAUCUUGCUCUCCGUCUACUGCCACUUCAGAAUAGUGGGUCCAGAAUUCACCAAAAAUGGAUGGGGAUUCGCAUUCCAGAGAGACUCUCCUCUUGCAGUUGACUUGUCUACUGCAAUCCUGACACUGUCCGAGAACGGUGAUCUCCAAAGAAUCCAUGACAAGUGGCUAUCGCGAACUGAAUGUUCUUCGCAAGAUACCGACCUAGAAGCCAACCGGCUAAGUCUCAGUAGCUUCUGGGGUCUCUUCCUCCUCUCCGGCAUCGUGUGCGUUCUUGCUCUCAUCGUCUACAUCAUCAAGACAAGCUGUCAGUACAGCAAGUUUAGCAGCACAGAGGCUGGCAAAUCCAAGGAAAAUGUCGAGGUAAGCAGCAACCGAAAGGAUCCCAAACUUAGCAAGUUAAAGAGCUUCAAGAACUUGAUGCACUUCGUCGAUACCAAGGAAGAAGAGAUUGAUAACGUGAUCAAGAGGAGACUGAGUGACAAACAACAACAACAAGGUGCUUCUACUUCAGAUAAUGGGCCUUCUACGUCACAUGCAUAGAAGUUGGUAUUGAGAUGUAGCUAUCUCUUGCUAAGUUGCAAUGGUUGUCCAAGUAAUAGCUAGUUUCUUGCAGAAAGGAGCUUUUGUUGUAAUAUGAUUUGCAACUUCUACAGAAAAGAAUGAUAUUGUUAUUCUGAUGAAAAGA